UUUUUUCUACAUCAUAACAAUAAUUAGUUUGUUAAUUGCUAACCUUUAAAAUUAAUUUUGCUCACUUUAAAAAGAAUAAAAUAUGUCUUUUUCUUGUGUUGAAGAGUCAAUUUCUGAAAGUUUUAGCAGUGAUUUUCACUUAGAUAAUCAUGACGAUUUGUCGCCAACGCCCUUUAACUUACAAUGGAUAUUCGGGUUCAAUCCCGAUGUGCCAGUUAUCAAUCUCGGAAGAAAAGAUCGUUCAAUAGUUGUAUAUGCAUCGACAAACGUGACUGUGUUCUAUGAUUACAAUUCACGAGAAAUGUUUACUCUUCAAGGACACAGUGAUCGCGUUCGAGCUUUAUCCAUAGAUCAAUCAGAGAAAUGGCUUCUGACUGCAGAUUAUGGUGAAGAUUCUACUGUUGUUGUUUGGAACACAACAAACAGAGCACCAACUUACACGUUAUACAAUCCUCACGGAAAAAGUAGAUUAACAGCAACAGCUUUAAGUAUCAAUGCAAAGUAUUUUGUUACUGUAGGCAAUGAAACUGUUCAAUUAGUGAAGCUUUGGUUAUGGACAUUUGGGCGAAAAAAUCACAAUGCUAUAGUAGAAUUGACCAAAAUAGAAGGUGAUCCUGUUAAGGAAAUAUGCUUCAGUUAUGAAAAUCCGAAUUUAUUUGUACUUACGACAAAUCACAGGAUUGUAUUCGUUACAUGGAACGAGGAUAGUGAAAAUUUAAGCUUAGAAUAUCCACUCAUUACGAGUAGUUCGAAAGAAUUUGGAAUAUUAAAUAAUACUACGUUUGUGUUCAAUAGUACAAAAGUAUUUACUGGAACAUCAAACGGAUACAUUUUACUAUGGGAUGUCGUUAAUGAAAUGGAUAUAUCUAAUAAAAAACAAGUAAAACACGUUAAAUCAAUUAAAUUGCAAAAAUCGAACAUAACGAAAAUAGUUAAUUACAAAAGUUUGGUAGUUACGGGAAAUUCACACGGAGAUGUAAACUUUUACGAUAGUGAUUUGAAAAUUUUAUACUGGUGUCGUGAUUGUGGAUUAGACUUUGUUACAUCGAUAUCCUUUAGUCAUCAAUUCCAGUUGAACGGCACGAAAAACAUUGACAAUACAUGCAGCAUUAAUAUAAAAGAUGAUUCUCCCAUAAAAGACUGGCAAAUAAAAAAUAUAUGUAAUGGAAAGGAGGAUGAACUUAAAAAGAUUCAAGAUGAAUCAUCGCGUGAUGAAAUUUCUUCAAACGUUACAAUAAAACUCGAAAAACAGCCUAAAUUAAGGGAAUGCAUGAAUGAGCCAUUUGAUAAUAAAAGUUUGGCGUUUGUACAAAAGUUUUAUCAAUUUCAAGCACCUCGUGAAGCUACGGUCGAAAGUAAAGAGUUGUACAUUGAUAAAUUCAUAGUUGCUACGUCAUCUGGAAAAUUAAUGCGGAUGGACGUUUCGAAUAUGACGGGUCGUUUGAUAUCUCAUUAUUUCGCAUCAACUUUAACAUCUUUAGACGUUCAUCCCCAAAGUGACUAUUUAGUGGUCGCUGAUGAAAAUGGAGUAAUGUUUUUGUUUAACUACCGUAAUCACCUUCUGGUAUUGAAAAAGCACAUUUCAAUCGUAACAAAUUUAUCGUCGAUCCUAAAAACUGAAACGUCCAAUGGAAAAAUAACUCAUGUCACGAAUUUAGAAACAAAUGCCAAAAAUGCGCGUGCUACUGUUCUUAAGUAUUCACCUAGAGGUACGGCAUUGAUCUGUGCGCUUAAAAACGGUGCAAUGUGGGUUCUUCGACCGGAAACUUUGGAACCAUUAGACCCAUUACCUUACAAACAUUCAAACCACGCUAUUUUGGAAGUUACCUUUUCGGAGUAUUCGAAUUAUAUGGCAUACUUCGAUGACUCCAUGACUGUGGCGGUUUUCAAACGAAAUGAGAAUGUUCAAUCAUCGAGCAAUUAUUUUGAUUUUAUUGGAAAAUAUCGGUCGCAUAACUUGCCCAUCGCAAGUCUUUUAUUUAGUCCAUUGUCUCGGGAGAACAAAGCGAUCCCUCGCUUUCUGUCUCUUGGGAAAGAUCGAGACCUGGUCGAGUACGAUUUGAAGAAAAGUGGGCCAUAUCCUGAUCCAGGAUUAGUAAUCAUGCAAGUUAGUCGAAUCGAGCGAGACGAAGUUCCACUGAGUAUGUCGUGGUAUCCACAAUCGGGCGAAGAAACGCUCCUAGUCAUUUCAAAUUCAGACUACAAGUUCAAACUGAUCGAUUCCAUUACAAAGGAAACGCGCGCCACUGUAUUGGGACCAACAUUCAGUUCUCCAGUACAGAAAAUAAUGAUUUGUCAAGCAGAGGAACCAGAGAAAACAAAAGAUGAGCCAAUUUACAUACUGUUUGCCACUAGCAAGGAAAUAGGAUUACAAUUAUUACCGCUAGACGGGAAUCCAUUCAAAAUAAUCGGGGUCCUGGGACAUCCGCGAGGAAUUUCAUGGAUGCGCAUCAGCCGUUGUGGUCGCUUUCUUUUUACUCUGGGAUGUGACGAUCGUUGCAUAUCAAUGUGGAACACUAAUUUCAAAUCCGUAGACAUCUCUUACAGAUUGGGUGGAGUCGGAUUAACUCCAUUCUACGGACUCCUAGAUGGAGGUAAAUUUGGUUGGCUUUUUACCGAGAUGCGAGAUUUAUUCGUCUAUGCGCAGAUCUUGGAACAAGGAGAAAACUCUAUGGAAGCUAGACAAAUUAAGGAUGAAAUUUCUGUACAACUACUGCCUACUCUCAUGAGAGCUAUCGGAUUUUAUCCAUCAAAGGAUCAAUGCGACGAUUUGAUAAAUGAAAUAAUGUAUCGGAACCACGCAAGUACUGAAACAAUUCAGAGAAAACUAAAUUUUGAAGAAUUCGUAAAAUUGUACAUAAACCACCGACCGACCUUUGGUAUUUUAAUGAAGCAUCUACGAGACGCUUUUCAUACUCUUGCCAAGUUAGAGGAGUCCGAUGAUCCCAGUUUAUCUAGGGAACUAUUAGUCGAUGUAUUAUCUAAAGAAAACAGUCAUCACGGUAAUUCUUCCAGCCAACAUGAAACGCUAAAAGAUCUUAAACGCUUAAUUCUACAAGAAUUUCAAAAGGAUAUUUCAACGACUGAGAAAGUAGAGGACUUAGCGGGACAGGUGUUCAAAAUGUUACCAAGUCGUAUAUCUUACAAAGAUUUUACCACCAACAUUAUGGGAAUCGAAUCGCCGAAGGAGACGAGGGCUGACAAUAGUGAAAAAUGAUCUCGUGUGAGCUAUUUUAUGUAGAUACGUUAACAACAAAAAUUCUUCAGAACAAAGCCAAUCAUUGAAAAACGCACUGUGCUUUUUCGCGCAACAUUGGAUCGUAACGAAUAAAACUAUAUAUCCAGGCUAAAAAAUUCUUUGCACAACAGUUCUAAUGUAAAUUGAAUUAUCAAGAAGUUUUAGUACGUGUAAAAACAAAGCUUUCACAAAGCUAUAUAUAUAUAUUUUUUUUUUCUUCAUAUUUAUGUACAAAUCAUUUUUUAAGCUGUUAGUGACAAUUAAUUCAUGUUUUUAAUUCACGAUGGAACGUCGAAAAAAUAGAAUAGAAAAAAUAAAGCGAGGAACGAUUCUUUCGUCAAAUCGUUGUGCAAAUAAAUUUUAAUAUUUCUGGAACGCUUA